AAUAUGCUUCUGGACCGUGCCAUAGACCCUGCGGACAUGAACCCCACACAGCUCUCCAUACUGUCAGUGCUCAAGACCGCCAUGCCAUCCGGCACCAGCAUUCCCAUGCCGACGGGUACUUCUGAACCAGAUUGGUACAAGAACCUGCCUGAUGACGUCAAGAGCCUAUUGCCGCAGUUUUACCCUGCUACCACUACUUCGUCU